AAGUAAUAUUAAUGGCAAACAAAUGAAUCAUUAUUUUUGUUGUUAUAAAUAAUUAUUAAUAAAUUUAUAGUAAUUUCAUAAUAAUUGGUAGUAUUAUUAAUAAUACUAUUGUUUAGUACUAUUUGAUUGAAUCGCAAAUAAAUUGUGAAAAUUUUUGUUGUUGUUGUCAUUUUGGAGACUAUUUUUUGUCAGACAUUAUAAAACAAUUUGGUUUAAACAUCAAAACCAGUGAUGAGUCGAUUAACGGCAAUCACUGUUAUCGGUAUUUUGGUCAUUGAUUUGUCGUAUCUGUUGGCCAUAUCGACAGCCGUUGCCGAUCACAAUGGCCUUUCGUGUCAUAACAUGAGUGGUUACGACUUGUCGACAAUUAAUGAUAAAACAUAUAAAUAUAUUCAUAACUACACGAAUACGUCUACUAAUAAAACCGAUAGUUUUGACGUUUUAAUUAACAUUUGCCGAGUGUUUGACACCAAAGAUAAGACACCCGAAGUCUGUAUUGGCCGACAAAUCUGUGGCCACAAGACCACUGAUAAGACACCUAUUGGCUAUCGAUUGAAGUCCACAGACUUUGUUCCCGACAACGGAUCGCACAAAGAGUAUAUAAAAGUUGUUUACGACGGAUCAGAGUGUGAUAUUCAUCGGAUACUUAACUAUACAAUGACUAUCAACUUCUACUGUGGAGAAGACACUCCCAAUUUCAAUCACGAAAUUUCCACUACUUGUGGUAUAGAAUUAAAUUACACCACAAAGUCUGUCUGCAAGACUACUACUAAUAACUCAAUAACGACAACAACAUCAACGCCGGCACCAAUUGUGGAGAAGAAGAAGACAGUCCAUUGUAUUUGGGAGAACGGUUCCCAUCACAUGGAUUUGAAUCAAUUGGUUAUGACAAACGGUAACCAUCUAACUGUUGGUCUGUCUCCGAGUACGAGUCAACACGUAAUCUAUUAUAUAAAUGUUUGCCGACCUUUGAAUCGGAUUUUCGAAACCUUCAGCCACUCGAGUAUAAACAAUUGCGGACCAAAUGCUGCCAUUUGUAGGGUGACUAUCGGUUCCAAUGAUAGCGUUUUGAGUUUAGGAGAACCGACAAGUGGUCCAAUUCGUCUGUUUGACGACAGUUUAAAUUUAUUUUAUGAGAACGGGAGUCCGUGUCCGGCCAGACCUCAUGAGAAAUUGCGGACUCGGAUAAAGUUUGUUUGUGAUCCGUUGGCCGGCAUUGAGAAUAUGAUUGUCAACGAACCGGGAAGUGAGACAAUGGAUGCCGAAGAUUGCGCCUAUUUUAUAGAAUGGCGUACUUCUGCCGUUUGCAACUAUAUUGAACCGACAAAACUCGUUAAUAAUUCGUGUUAUUUCACGGAUCAGAGGACAGGAUUAUCUGUCGAUUUAACAUCACUUAAGAAGAAGUCGAAUAAUCCGUAUCGAAUACCGAUGGACAACGGAUCCACUUUUGAGCUAAACGUUUGCGGUUUAGCCAACUCUUUGAAUGCACACGAAUGCUACCAGACAUCGGCCUGUCUUCAGCACAACGACUCGGGUAUGAGUUACGGUCGGUUGACUUCAAGUUUUUUCAUCUAUAAUGGCGUCGAUUUGACGCUAAGAUAUGCGGACGGAUCGAAGUGUAAUGAAGACAUUAACAAAACUUUGUCGACAGAAAUAUCAUUUAAAUGCAAUCCAAAUGAGACAAACUCUGAGCCAAAAUUCAAGACAAUCAACUCAUGUGUGGCUCAGUUUGAAUGGCAGAACUCAUUGAUAUGUAAUAUUCAACCGCCGAAGUGUGCAAUACUCAGUGAAAGUGGAAAAUACUAUAACUUAAGACAACUGUCAUCGAUAUCGCAUUCAUGGAACACAACUGAUCCAAAGGACUCGUCUUCUGUCUAUUAUUUGAAUGUUUGCUCUAAAGUACCGAAAAGUAUCGGCUGUAAGGACCCGAACGCCGGUUCGUGUAAAUGUGUCUAUAAUUCACAGAAACAGUUGGAUUGUGGCAUCAGUUUAGGCGAUCCGUCUAUUGAUGAGUUAAAGAUCUUGUCAAACGAAGAUCUACUUUUGACUUAUAGUAAUGGCGACGACAGGGAGUGUCCUCAAGGAAUGCGAGCGAAGACUGAGAUUACGUUUAAGUGCGACAAACAUAUCGGGAAUCCGAAGUUUAUUGACUUUUCAAAGCCUCAAUGUAUCUAUAGAUUUGAAUGGAAGACGUUUAUGUCGUGUCCAGUAUUGGAUCAAAGGGAUGAACUCAUCUAUAAGGAUGGCUUUCUGGAGGACAAUCGACUCGAUGCCUACAUUAAUGUAUCGGCACUAAUGGGAACUACUUUUAAUGUGAAUGAAUUCAGACAAUUGGAUAAUAAUAAGACAGACAAUUACACUUAUGUCAUUAAUCUGAGUAAACCUGAACUGUCCACUGACUACCAGUGCUCUGAAGCGGGUGUUUGUCAGACAAAAGGCGAUUUUAGACGAGAUUUAGGUAGUGUUAAGACACUCAAGUAUUAUCUUAGAGGACAUGAACUUCAAAUGGCAUUGCAGUCCAAAGGAGGCACUCGAGGAAAAUGUGGCAAAAAUGCCAACAAAAAUGUGACCACAAUUUUCCGAUUGCAUUGUUCCUCAUCGGCCGGUGUCGGAGAACCAGAAUUUAUGUACGAAAGCAACGAUUGUGACUAYGUUUUCAAUUGGGAGACAUCGAUGGUCUGUCCAAUGAAUUUCCUCAAACAAGAAGAAUAUAUUGAAUAUAUUACCGAACGUAACAAAUCCCAGGAACGGAUGGAAAAGGAAGAGUUGGAUCAUUUAGCUAAGUCUACUGAAGACAAUCAACAAUCUGGUGGUCACACAAAUCUGUGGAUCGGUAUCCUUAUUGUUAUAUGUUUUGUGGCUACUGUUUGUGCCCUACUCUUCUACAAACCUAACAUCAGACAAGUGGUUUGGUUUAAAGUGAGACGUGUUUUCAAAUCGGACACAACUAAUCAUACAUUUCAUUAUCAUCAGUUGGCAUCGCAUGAAAAGGACAACAACAGCAACAAACCGAAAGCCGAAGUGGUUAUCAUCGACGGCGGCAACAAUAGUCAUCAAUAUUCAAACACAAUUGCAGGACAGCCAUCAUCUCACGUGCCUUACUAUAGCAUUUACGACGACUCCGACGUUGAUCUUCUCACUUGACUUCACAUUACACACAAACACUUAAUCCUUGACCUAUGGUUUUGGCAUUUUUUAUAUAUUUUUGUUGAUAAUUAUUGUGAAAAUUAUUUGUUAUAAUUGUAUUUGAGUUAGUGAUAUGUGUGUAAAGUGUUGUCUAAUUUAUUGGUUACUAUUGUAAUAUUUAUUAUAUAUAUA